CACUGGGCUCCAUCCACCUGAAGAUUUCUGAGACAAUUCUUAUUACCAGCGGUGGCAGCGCAGCACUUGGAAAGGGGUGAAUCAAUCUGAGAGAGAGAGAGCGAGAGAGAGAGAGAGAGAGAGUGAGAGAGAGAGAGAGAGAGACGGAGAGAGGGGAGAGAAACAGUGAGGGAGACAGAGGAGAGGGAGUGUGAGAGAGGGAGAGGAGGAGAGGAAGAAGACAGCGUCGGCGGCCGCUCUGCAGUGGAAUACGCUCCUAUUUGAGAGGAAGGUGAGAGCUCUCGGAGUAUCCGACCAGCGCGUGCGGAGCAGGAGAGGACUUGAACGCAGCAUCAUGAGAUAAAGUCACUCCUGGGUUCCUCUCACUUCCAAAAAAGCAUCGCUCAAAUCCCCAGACUGCUCGAGAGAAAAGGGGAAUAACAUCUGUUUAUCUGCAUAUUUCUAUGUUCAAGACACAAGAGGAGAAAACACAGAGAUCGACGGAGGACACGAAACAUCUCCGAGGAUGCAGAAUUAGAAAGAACAAAUUGUCGCUGGAGGACCAAAGGGAUUGGAUAAACCUUUUUUCGCACAUCCACCAGUGUGGAGUCAGAUCACCUGUACCUCCGGAUUAAAGAGCAGGGUCAUGUCCCAGUUGCCAUGCGCAUCGCCACGCUGACCUGCCUCCCCGGCCCCUCCCCCUUCCUCUUUCUAUUGGCCCAGCUGCUACUGCGGCUCCUCCUCCCUGGGCCGGAGUUGGUGGGAGCCGCCUCCUCCUGCCCCUCCCACUGCACCUGCUCCAACCAGGCCAGUCGAGUCAUCUGCACCCGGCAGAGCCUGGAUGACGUGCCGGAGAGCAUCUCUGUGAACACUCGAUACCUCAACCUGCAGGAGAACUCCAUACAGGUAAUCAAGUCAGACACUUUCAAGCACUUGAGGCACCUUGAGAUCCUCCAGCUCUCCAAGAAUCAGAUCCGUCAGAUUGAAGUCGGAGCAUUCAAUGGCCUCCCCAACCUCAACACACUGGAGCUUUUUGACAACCGCCUCACACUGGUGCCAUCACAUGCCUUUGAGUACCUCAGCAAACUGCGGGAGCUGUGGCUGCGCAACAACCCCAUUGAGACUCUGCCGGGCUAUGCCUUCCACCGAGUGCCCUCGCUACGUCGCCUGGACCUGGGUGAGCUCAAGAAGUUGGAUUUCAUCUCUGAUGCAGCCUUUGUUGGCCUCAUCAAUCUACGAUACCUGAACCUUGGCAUGUGUGGGCUGAAGGACAUUCCCAAACUGACAGCCCUUGUGCGUUUGGAGGAGCUGGAGUUGUCAGGAAACAGGCUGGAGAUCAUACGGCCUGGCUCCUUCCAAGGCUUGGUGUCUCUCCGUAAACUGUGGCUCAUGCACUCACAGGUGUCUGUCAUUGAGCGUAAUGCCUUUGAUGACCUGAAAAACCUAGAAGAGCUCAACCUGUCACAUAACUCUCUGCACUCGUUGCCCCAUGACCUCUUCACACCUCUGCACCAGCUGGAGAGGGUCCACCUCAAUCACAACCCAUGGAUCUGCAACUGUGAUGUGCUUUGGCUUAGCUGGUGGUUGAAGGAGACGGUGCCGAGCAACACCACCUGCUGUGCCCGCUGCCAUGCUCCGCCAGUCUUAAAGGGUAAAUACAUUGGAGAGCUUGACCAGAGCCACUUUACGUGUUACGCGCCUGUCAUUGUGGAGCCACCUACAGAUCUCAAUGUCACUGAGGGUAUGGCCGCUGAGCUCAAGUGUCGUACAAGCACCUCUACAACAUCGGUCAACUGGAUCACUCCUAACGGAACCCUAAUGACCCAUGGAUCUUACCGGGUUCGGAUAUCUGUCCUGCAUGACGGCACGCUCAACUUCACAAAUGUCACUCUACGUGACACGGGCCAGUACACGUGCAUGGUGACCAAUGCUGCUGGCAACACAACGGCAACCGCUGUCCUCAAUGUCACUGCUGCUGAUGCAAGUGUCAACUACACCUACUUCACAACUGUCACUGUGGAAACAGUGGAGACCCCAGGAGAAGAGGAGUCCGCACUGGUAGCCAUCAAUGAGACCUUCAUUCGUGUUCACCCUGGUCCAACUCCCUCGGGCCACCUGUGGCCGGAACAUGUUUCUACCACAGCGUCCUCUCUGUCAGCCGGCUGGUCCUCAUCCUCUCCUCGGGCCACCAGACCCACCUUCACUGUGCCCAUCACUGAACCAGGCUUCUCAGGCCUGGAUGAUGUGAUGAAAACCACCAAGAUCAUCAUCGGCUGCUUCGUAGCCAUUACCUUCAUGGCAGCGGUGAUGCUGGUGGUGUUCUAUAAGUUGAGGAAGCAGCACCAGCUUCAUAAGCACCAUGGCCCUGCUCGAGCCAUUGAGAUCAUUAAUGUGGAGGAUGAGCUCGGGGCUGGGGCCAGCGGUCGGGGCAGCGGCAUCUCAGGAGGCUCCACCAUGACCCAGACUGGAAACAGUGGAUUAGGAGGGGGCCAGAGUCUGAGGCUGCACCAUCCGGAGAUAGUCAACUUGCCAAACCUGGCGCGAUCGGAGCACCUCAACCACUACUACAAAACCCAUCACUUUAACAACAACAUGAUGGGCCUGGGCAUCGGCACAGGCUCUGGUGUGGGCCUCAACAAUAACAACAACCCCUCACCUUGCUCUCAGAACACGUCCAUAUCCUGCUCCCAGAUUCCAACCUCUACCAGUGGAGGAGGAUCCACAGGUGGCACCCUGCCCUCCCCUGUGCCCCUGCCCCAGUUGGGCCUCCACAGUUCUCUCAAAGGCCUUAUGGGGAAAAGCCAGAACGAGCCCCUGCUUUUUAAGAGUGGCUCCAAGGAAAAUGUGCAAGAGACUCAAAUUUAAGUAAAUUGAGAGUGGAAUAAGAAUUAAAUAUGCUUAAUAGAGACAGUGAGACAGAAAAGAACCUGUGAGACCGGGUAAACAGGACUGAUUGUAGCCUACUGUCCUCGAGGACAGAUUCCAGAAAAGAUUAUAUUUCACAAAGUCCCUGCUUUACAUUGUCAGUCUGUUGACAGCAAGAAGCAGAUAGUAAGACAGAAGGAGACAGAGUACAAUAUCAUAUCAGCACUAGUCCCAACAGUAGCGUUUGCACAUGCUUUUAAACUCAAUCAGAAACAAACAUAUAAGAUAUACAUGCCAAACAUUUUGAAUCAAUUAGUCGCCUGUUAACCCUACAGUAGUCUUUGCCAAAGCUGAAACCAACUCUUUUCAUUUGCCUACACAAUCACAGUCGAAUGCUAUAAAUAAAACAUGAGUAAUGCGCCUCUUUAGGUUGAAUAGAGAAUAAUUCAUAUAUCAAGACACAUUCAAUUUAUAUAUUUGAAGAGCGACAUCACAUUGGCCAUUGAACAUGUUGUCGUAUUAGUGUUUGGCAGAGACUCUUGAUGACAAACAAUUGUUUUGUUCCCAGGUUUCCAGGAAGCACUAACAGAAAGCAGAGAAAGCUAAUUUAGAGCAGUGCAACGGUUCUAUCCAGGACACACGUAUCAGACUUUGCAGGGAGACAGAAAACAACACAAAAAUAUUUUUGUUCCAGAGUAGUUUCACUCUUAAUUUCUCACCUUUUUUCCCCUUUUACACCUGACUGGCUACUGUCUUCUUUGAAUGAGGACAAGUGGUUUAUCGUGGGGAAAUUGAACACAGGUAAUUCCCAUGGCAUAAAGGACAACGAGAGAUAUAAAACAGACUGAAAGUACAUAUUAUAUAUACCGUAAAUAUAUUUUCAUUCAAAGAAAUUAAUUAUAAAGAAUCUUUAUCAAGCUUGAGACUUAAAACUACAAAGUCUGAAGAAUAGUUCAAAAAAAAAGAAAAAAAAAAGAAGAUACACAAAGUUGUUGUAGUGAACCUCCCUUAUGACUUUUCCGAACUUGGAACAAGAUGGCCGCUCUGACUGUGCUGCAUAAGAACACGUGUGGGAGAGCGGCAUCCGUUGAGAGGGAGCUAAAACAACAACUUGGCAAUGUGUUUGAGUGAAUUUUUUUGGGUCUUGACUUUUUUGUAGCCACACGAAAGUGUUUCCCUCUCUCCUGUCUCGUUCACACAAACAGGGUCAUUGCAGAAGGGAAAUCUUUACACUCUGCUGCGGAAAAUAUGAAAUAAGACUACAGCUCUUCAUCAUUUGGUAUACAGCAUAGCUAGAGUAUGAAUAAUAAUAAUCAUAAUGGUAAUAAUGAUAACAGGCGUUAGCUUUAUUUGUCAUAAUGGCCAUUUAAUAAUGAACAAUGUGUUACAAUAUUUUGCUGUAUUAUUACUAUUACUAAAAAUGUCACACAUGCUAGCAUGCUCGCUAGACUUUCUAGAUCCAGUUCCAACUUAAAUGAUCCUUUAAAAUGAAGAUAUGACAUAUUAUUGGUAUUAUGUUAUCAUUGUUAUCAUUGACAUGACUAUUAUUAUUACUACUUGUGCCUAUAGAUAGCUGAGAAUACAUAUUUUUUCAUUUGUAUAUGACACUGAAGUUGUUAAGUGACUGAUCCAGUUGGACUCCGGCUAACAAUUAGCACUGGGGCGGACUCAGCGUGCCACUAAGUGAACUCCACAUGCAUCCGCAGGAAAUAACCUGGCCCUCAAAAAUGGCUUCCUCAUUCCAGCCCUCACUGACUCAUCUGCUCUGGUGUCCUGAGCAGGCAAGGACCCCUCAUGUUAUCACACAGUUAAGACUGGACAUGAACCCUUUGACGAGGACUGCUCCUUUGCAGGGGAUUAUUUCACAACUGUAUCUCAGUGUUAUCGUGUAUGAGUGGAUUUCAUGGCAACAGGGCGCUAAAUGGACGACAGGCACUGACGAGCAUUUUUAAAGGUAAGCAGAGCUCGUUCAGUGAAGCAGAAGGUAACAUACAGUGCAGUAUACAGUGGUGGGUGAAUUUUUUCUAAAGAUAAAGGACAAUUAAAUGAAAAAAAAUAUAGAAGCUUAUAGAUCUCUUUUAAAAAAAAAUACAAAAUUAUUAUGAUAAGUGUUUUUCAUUUUGGGUUUUUAUCAAGUUUGAUUAUUUUCUGUUUUUUUAAAUCAAGUGUUAUCUUUAUUGUAAUAUUGUUAUUAUAAUUAGCUAAUUACACUGGUUAUAAUUCUGAGAGAUGUUCUGUUAGCAGAGGUCACUUUGAAAAUUAAAAAAACCUGGCACAUACAAUGGCAGUGGAAGUCUGUGAAAUCUGGUGGCUAUUUUUUUUUUGUUUUCUUGUUAUGAUUUUAAUUGUAGUAUCAUUGUUUGUAUCCCUUUGGCUCUGCUUGAGAUGAGACCUUGCGAAUGUGAAAUGGUCAGCACUUUUUUUUUUUCUUCUUCUUCUGCACAGAGGGACAGGAAAGGCCCUGCUCUGGUUUACAAGCUCACUCACACUCGCUUAGUGCUCUCCUGAAUGUCAUCGCCAUCUCAGUUUUCAGAGUGCGGUUGCGCAAUAUCAACACCUCGUUGCCAUGACUACACACUCAGACAAAAUGCACCAAACGGCGGCAACAUCAGCAACUUGUACAGCACCUCUCCGCCACUUGUCAGUCUCGUUUCAUUAAGGGUGCCAUAUCUGGAAGAGCUUGCCACUGUUCCUUCAAUGGUAGCAAAUCAGCCUUAGCAUUGUACCCAUGUCCUUGCAUAUAUGUCCCCCCCCCCCACUCCAUCCCCCCCUCCCCCCCUCAGCCCUCUGCAUCCUGCCAUCAGGUUUCCCUGGUAACUGUUGCCGCUGCGACAGGCCUUAUAACAGGGUCUUGAUUUUGAAUGCUAAACAGAUAAAAGCAGACGCUAUAGAAUCUCAUCCUCUGGCAUCCAUUGCUCAGACUUGUUCCUAAUAUCUUGUUAAUGUUUGUGAUUUGUUUACACCUGCAUCUAUAUUUCUCACACCCCUGUCAGUGCGUCAUGCGGUUUACAUGCAAUCAUCCCCUAUGUGUUUCAUUUGCAUAGGCCUCACACCAUUUCUAAACGCAUUUAUGCACCCUACACUUGUGAUUAACACUCAUUCCCUGCACCAGUCAUUAACAUAUUCCUUCCCCAGCACAAGCGAUCCAUAUUCUCCUCACAAGUUAUUUACAUAUUCAUCUGCCUCUGUGUGUGCAAAUAACAGAGACAUUAUCAUGUGGGCAUGCUCCUGGGUAUGAGUGUGUGUUUCUGUGUCAGGUUUGUGUGACUGAAAAGCAAGGACUGUUACAAAAGCUAUUUAGCCCUAAUUCCUCCCCCC